UUUUACUUACUAUCUUCUCAGAUCUCAUAUCAUACCAUAUUUUUUCUGUGUGUUUCGAUCUUAAUUAUCUUACUUGAUUUAUCUGCUUUUUAUUGUUUUGAUUCAUGCUGCUCCCUUUACUUUAAACGAUAUAGAAGCAAAAGAAAGUAUAUUUGUGUAUCACUUGCUAACUUCGCUUUUUAGCUAAAUCUGUCCAUUGAUUUUUUGGUUUAUAAUCAAAUAAUUGGGUUUGAGCUUUAAGGAAAAAAAACUUAGGAGUUUACUUUAUGUGGUGUUUUAGAAAUUUAAUUGUAGACAAGUAGAUUAAACUUGUCUGAAUUUUGGUGAAGCCAGCAAGCUUUGGUUUUGUCUAAGUGUAUAUUUUUAUUCAAUUGAUGAAAGCAUAGGGUGUUUUCAUGGAAGCUGGACUCAGCUUCUAUACUUAUUAAAGUAACAGUGAUGUUGUUUCACCGGCAUCUUAAAUCUAAGCGAGACAUUUGAUUUACGAAAGCACAAAAUGACUGCCUUCAUUCUGUUUUUGAUUGCCUUGUUUCAAAUUAAAUAUGGGACUCUCACAAUACCCCGGUCCAGCUGAUGCAGAAAUGAUGUGCAUGAUUUUGGUCAAUACCGCUAAAUACAUCUCUAUGAUGAAGGAAAUGGUCCGCUCUGUACUUAAGACUAUAGGCAUUGAUAUUGUAUCAUGGGAAGAAUACAACACUGAUAUCCCCUCGGACUCGUUAGAAUGUUACGAAAGCUCCUCAGAAACCUCUAUAGAAGAGUUUCGUGGUAGGAUACCUGCAAUGCGAUAUGAUUCCGUGUUUUCUAAGCAACUUGAGCAUGAUUGCUCUGUUUGCUUGACAAAUUUUAGACCAAAGGCAAUAAUAAACCACUUGUCAUGUGGGCAUGUUUUUCAUCAAGUUUGUGUGGAGAAGUGGAUGAAAUAUCGGAAGCUCACCUGCCCCAACUGCAGGACAAACAUGAUCCCCCAAGACGAAGACGAAGAAGAAGAUACUUGUCCAAUGUGAGACAGCAAGAAAGAAGAUAAAUUAAGAUGCUUGUUCAGUGUGAGCGGUUUGAUUGAUACGCACCAUGAACAAGUGUCUAUGUACAGUUUAGUAGUAUGUAGGGAGUUUGUAUUUGAAUCUGGUCAUCUGGUGUACUCUUGUAUCUAUAUUAUAUAUGCCAGUUUUUCUGAAAUGUCUAGCAUGCGGUCUUUGUGAUGAAUAAAUGUGCAGUUUAGUAUGUACAUAUAUA